AUCAAACAAAGCCAACUAACCUAUCAUUCCAAGCAUACCUCCUUCCUCAAGUCAUCACAUCAGCUCAACAAAGGCCAUCAACUCCAUCAUCAACUAAACAAAAUCAACAAUGCCCACAGACUCUUCCUCUACCUAUUCAAGACAAGAAACACCCUUUCCUCUUCUAACACCGCCCAUAUCAUGGAACAGAGUCUAAAGUCACAACGUGCCACUUUUACUGAAUCAGAAAAAAUCAAACUAUCUUCAUCAAACAAAGUUCACAACUUCACUUCCACACCACUGCCACCUGAUGCCAUCUCUUUACUCAACAAAGGAACUAACUUCAUCCCUACCACCACCACGCCAAGCAUCUCUUCUCUCCAAAAAACCAUCGAAUCUGAAGUCAACACAGCCCUCUGUUCCCUUAUCCGCAAGAAAAACCACACUACCAAGCUCAACUCAUCUAAAACUUCCAAAUCACUUCUCCGUUUCCAUCCUUACCGCAAUCAGAUGCAUCCACUUCCUUUACUACAACAAGAACAAUCACGACCUCACUUCAACCUUCACCUCAUCGACUAUGUUCACAAUACUGUUUCUUUCACUAAAGAAUUUUGA